UGCCUUUAGGAGGCCAGAAUCCUUUUUCAUUGGUAACACGAGUUUCUUCGUUCUUGUUGGAGUCUCUGGCCCAUGGAAGUGAUUACUAACCACUGCACUGAUUCGCCAGCUCGAACUCAGUCCACACGUGGAUCUGUUUAGGAUUACUACCGAUGUGUACUGACCAUGCAGUCAGACGUCUGCAUGGUACUGUCCCCGUUUUCUGCUAACGGCCAUCCCGCAGCACAAGACCAAACAGUCGUUCCAGACGCGGGCUCAAGAUCCCUCUUAUUACGGUUUUCACAAUGUAUUGUACGAUAUCGUGUCUUCUUUGGCGUUGGCUCCCUUGUCUUCCUUGUGACGUCGGCAGUGACGGCUGCGUUCACUUGCCACUUGCCCGAUCUGAGCGACCCAUCCGCGGAUUUCGUUGCCAUUCAGACGGAUUGGUCGGCUAACGUCCAACAGUUCAAGGCGCUUUUGGCUGAAACUCGGAGUUAUCCUUGGCUUGCAGGAUCAUCGCUAACAAGCCGGCACCGCCGCGGUUUUGAGCAACAAAUGCAGCACUGGUCCAUAAAGCAGCCUGAUCGGGUCACUACUUUGCCAUUGCAUCAAGGGCGCUUUACUGGUUACGGUUCACAAGAGGAACAACUAAACCUUUGUUUCGGAGAGCACUUACUUGCCUGUUGUGACGAUAAUAGAGGGACCGAUUCUCUGUUUAUCUUUUCUGUGAUCCGUACAGCAUCUGUCAUUGAAGCAGACGAUUUGUGGACAACCUAUGAAGGUUACGGCCGAUUGGUGAUGUCAUUGGAUCAAAACCCGAGCCUGAGUGCUCCAUAUAUAGACGUUGGCGAAGUCCCGUUAAACUUUCUCACCAAACCUGGGGCGUUCGAGAGUUUAUGUUCAUUUCAGUCACGCAUUUACGAACUAGACAUUUUCAAGCAAGAAUGUAUACACUCCGUGCACCAAAGACCGGUACGCAACACAACCAGUAAUCAGCCUCAUUGUUGUUCCGCCUGGUCCGUACCGAACAUGGUUGCUGCAUUGCUCGGGCGGUCAUCCUGUUCUCAGGGCAUGUAUCUUCAUGCCUACAACGAACUGGUUUCGGAAACGAUUUUCCGUGAUACGUUCUGGCUGGUGAUCGGUCUCGGCUCGCUAUUGUUCUUGCUGGCUCUGGGCACUGGAACAGUGGUGAUCCCGACUAUAACGCUCAUAGGAAUCGGCUGGUCCCUCCUGGCUGCUUAUGGGCUAUAUAGCCGUGUGCUCUGUGUCCCUCACUUCCCCGUACUCAAUCUCAUGGCUGUCGUGUUGGCUAUCGGACUGGGAGCUGAUGACCUACUGGUCUAUUUUCAGAUUCGGGACAGCGAACUGGUAGAAAUUGAUCAGCUUUUAAGAUCAUGUCUACCGGCCUUUCGGAACAAUACACUCAGGCGCGCUUGUUGGGAUACUUACGGCUCCGAUCCUACUUUACUUUGUCCACUUGUCACCCCGGCCAAUUGUUUGCGGUCCCCGCUAAUUCCACUGAUUCUUGCCACCAGUUUACCAGAUACGGCCGAUUGGAUGUGGCGAACCACUUUGCUCCAGCUUCCAAUACGACGAGCUGACAGUCUGUCACUGUUUUUGGCCCUAGAAGCAGCGUACCGAAGCGGAAACCUGACUUCCGACCUCUCUGUCCCAGUAUACAUUCAAGGCAUGUAUCUUCAUGCCUACAACGAACUGGUUUCGGAAACGAUUUUCCGUGAUACGUUCUGGCUGGUGAUCGGUCUCGGCUCGCUAUUGUUCUUGCUGGCUCUGGGCACUGGAACAGUGGUGAUCCCGACUAUAACGCUCAUAGGAAUCGGCUGGUCCCUCCUGGCUGCUUAUGGGCUAUAUAGCCGUGUGCUCUGUGUCCCUCACUUCCCCGUACUCAAUCUCAUGGCUGUCGUGUUGGCUAUCGGACUGGGAGCUGAUGACCUACUGGUCUAUUUUCAGGUGUGGAAGACAAGUCUUCGGCGGACGCCAAUAUCGAACUCGGUGGAUCGUGAUUUCGAAUCAACCACACUCUCUCCAUGGGUUAAGCCGCGCCGCCCCAGAAACACCUGCCUCAAUGAACCACGCGCCGAUUGUUCGAAGGUUUGCGGCAGUGGAUGCUUUUCAUCCCACGAUCGUUCUACUUCAACCGAUGACAGCAUACUCGCUACCCGACUACAGUUCACCUUGCAUCAUGCUAUACCCUCUAUGGCACUGACAUCCAUCGCCACUGCCCUGGGUCUAUUGAUCAAUUUUCUGUCUUCCAUUGUGGCCGUCCAGCGCUUCGCUUUGUUCUCCUUAUUGAUCGUGUUGUGCAAUUUUGUUUACGUUGUUCUGGUUGCCCCGAUCGUUUUUGUUUUGUUAAGUUCAUUGUGUAUCUCUUCAUCGAACGUCAUUGGUUGUGUGGCUAAUUAUUUUGACACCAUUUCUAGUCACUUCUCAAAUCUAAUCUUACGCGCCCGUUUCUUUUUAUCCUCUCUUUUUCUAAUUGUCGUUACAGUAUGCACUUAUAUUCUACUGUUCAAAAGAAACCUCACUGUACCCUCCGGUGGAGGGAAGACAUCCUUUCUCAGAUCAAAUCAUGUUUUUGAGAGCUUUCUGAACACGUUUACCAACUGGUUCUGGAUGGAGCGCAACUUACACCAAAUAUCUACCCUCAUACCUGUUCAUUUUGUGUGGGGUUUUCAACCGGAAGAUGAUCGUUCUUUUUGGACUUUUAUCCACAAGCAACCUGUCGAAUCGACCCGGUGGAUUCCAGACGAAAAACUCAAUCUGACCUCAACGGCUGCUCGUGAGUGGUUGUUCAAGUUCUGUGAUCGACAUCUUCGUCAAUUGCCUUACUUGUUUAAGUCAACUGAUUUGAACAGUCAGCAUUAUGGUCUUCCAGCGCUUGAGCUCGCACACUUGAACCCCUACCUGGAUGCACCGUUAUGGUGUCCCCUUGGGCGUUUCACCAAUUCUCUUGACAAUUACAUGUUCGCUCAUGCGUGUACAAACGUGAGUAGCCAUUGUUGUCUUGGCUCAACUUCACAAACAAUUCUCUCCCUAUCUCCAUGGCAGUUUCGCCUGUGUCUUGAAGAAUACACAUCAUUUGAACAUCAUAUUUUACCUCGCGAGUUUCAGUCCGGCUUCCGCUUUCCGGCGACCCAUUCUGGCGAGCCACUGGGUCUUAUUGUGUCUGUGCUUACCAAUUUAUCCAUACUGACCAGUACACAUGAUGAACUACGUCAAGGAGUUUAUGAUCUAUCCGCUUGGUUCCUUCAGGCUCUCACCACCGCACCCGAUUAUCUACGUGGUGGUCGUCUUGUAUUUCCUACUCUCGGUCCAUUUGAGGUGGAAAAGAACGUUACAGAGUACGUGUAUUGGAGCAUAUUGGUCACUGUCCUCUUAGCUGCCUUGUUGGUUCUCUUGAGCACCGGCACUCUAUGCCUUGCUGUCAUUGCCCUCGUUAGUCUGUUUGCUUGUCUAGUAACUACUGGACUGAUGUUAGUUAUUAUUGACAAUUGGUCCCUUGGUAUUGUUGAAGGAUUGGUACUUAGCCUCGCAGCCGGACUGGCCAUCGAUCCAUGUCUCCAUCUGGCACUGUCCGUGAAACGAGUUGGUGGACGAUGUUGUUGUGAUACCGGUGUUGGUUGGACAAACAGGUCUGUUCGUACCUCUAUGUGCAUGCUCAAUGCGGCAGUUACUGGUUCCGCUGGGAGUACGGCGAUAGCAGGUUUGUGUAUGAUCGCCUGUCACUUGUCCUGCUAUCACCAGAUUGGUGUAUUUCUCUGUGUUCUGAUGAUAUCGUCAUGGCUAAUGUGUUACGUGAUGUUUGCGAGCAAUUUGGCUUCUUGGUUCAGUAUUUGGGAAUUAUGCCGGAAUAGACACUGACCUUAUCUUCCCACUGCUUUUCAUUGCAUGUACGUGAAGAUGCAUUUUUUCAUUUUUUCGUUGCUUUUGUUUACUUAUCACGUUCAUUUGACACAAGGGCUUCCACUGUUGUUUUGCGUAACAUCUUCCUUUUCUAUAGAUUUAUUGAUUUUCC